AUGGACUUUGUCAAGAACCUCGCGGGCGGCAACAAGGAGGGCGAGCAGCAGCAGGGCCAGCAGCAGGGCGAGCAGAAGUCGGAGGGUGGGUUCAUGAGCAAGCUGAACAACAUGGCCGGUGGCGGGGCGGCAGGCGAGAAGAAGGAGGACGGCCUCGACAAGGGAGUCGACUGGGUCCAAGAGAAUGUGCUCGGCCAGGGCAAGCAGGACAACGAGUCGGCGGUAGAGCAGGCCAAGGACGAACAGAUCUCGGACUUCAUUCGUGGCCAGUAUAAAAACACGACGGGAAAGGACUUUCCCGUCGCAGACAAGUAA